AUGCCUCCAACUGUGCAGUACCAUUGCCCUUGCCUCUCACAAUCGCCACUGCCACCCCCACCGCAUCUACCUUCAUCUUCAUACAACUUCCAUCCUCUGCACACCCUCUUCUUUUGCGAAGAAUGCGAUGCUGUCCGGUGUAAUCGCUGUGUCUCCAUCGAAGUCAGCUCAUACUAUUGCCCCAAUUGUCUUUUCGAGGUUCCAAGUGCAAGUGUACGCGCUGAAAAGAAUAGAUGUGCUCGCAAUUGCUUCAUGUGCCCCAAUUGCCGAAACACACUAUCUGUGGUACCUUCGGAUCCACCAGACGCAGGCGAUAAUCGGCUACCUAUACCCAUAAGCUCACUCAAUGAGCCUCCCUUCUUUUUGUAUUGCAAUCAUUGUAGAUGGGACUCUGCCGAAGUAGGCAUCACCUUCGAGAAACCGACUGGUCUUGCUGCCCAACUGCAGAAAAACGAGGAUUCCGCGCCUGAUUCCCUGGAGUUUGAACGUCUGAAGGAACACUUUGAGCCUUUCAUACGUGCAUCAUCGCUUUCUUCUUCUACGAACGCCAGUCAUCCGACUGCUCAUCCAAGCAGCGCGGCGCACUCACACCAUCUUCAUUCCAACUCUAUUACAGCCGCCGCUUCCGCCGCUUUGGCUCGAGAUAUUCCUGGUGUUAGCAAAUACAACCCCCUCGCACGGAGUACGUCUGGACGUCCGGGCAGUACAAAAGACAGGAGUGCCAACAAGGACGAGAUGCACGAGUACCGGAGUAGGCUGGAUAUCGUGAAAGCAAGCGCCCAUGGAAGUGGAGGGGGCGAGGCGGACGUUGAGACUAUGCGAGGCUUGGAGGACAUAGGUGAUAUCGCGGCGUUGGAGCAACGGUGGAUGAACAGCUGGGUUACACCCUUGCUGACACAGGAGCUGAAACCAUUGCGUAUUCCUUUGCAUUCAAAGCGGUCGAAACGAUGUCCGGCGUGUACACAUAUCCUCAUCAAGCCAGAGCAGAAAGCCCAGUCUGUGAGAUACAAGAUUAAGCUUGUAGCAGCUAAUUAUUUGCCAGCAAUCAAUGCCACCCUCCCACAUGCGCAGAAGUCUAUGACCGAAGCAGCUAAACGAUCGCUCGGGAAAUCAACCUCAACGACCGUCGACGAUGACAGGAGCUCCGACAUGCACGCCGGCAAGACCUAUCCGUUCCAGCUGGCCUUGAGCAACCCGUUGUACGACCCAAUCCAAGUCAGGCUAUCCGUACAACGGAUGCAUGUAUCUACUGCAGCGCCAAAGGAAGGUGCAUCGCCAGAGAAAGCUCGCCGCCCGCCUUUUGCAAUCUCUCUGCCAACGUCGUCGUUCACAGUGGCGGCGUUUGCUGAAGCCUGGGAGUACGAAGAUGACGAGGAUAUGUUCGGCAUUGACGAUGACGACGAUCUUCCUGGGCGAGGCGGUAGAGAAACGGACGGACGCGGACGGACGAAGACUGUCGGCGUUCUCGAGAAAAGAGCGAACAUUACGAUAGUAGGAGGUGAGGUAGUCAUCGGUAAAGAGGCAAGAGGGAACGUGAAGUUCAAUAUGCUGGUCUCCUACACGUACCGCUCGGAUGACCCCGCACCUUCGGAAAGCAAUGACGGGGAUGGUCCUUCGAAGGCUUCUGCCUCGAAGCCCCCUGAAAUAAAGACAUUCGCCUUCUAUAGCGUCGUCGACCUGGGGCAGAUCAUUCCUCGAGAAGAACCGAAAGCCGAUUCGGAGUUAUAG